GGGGUUUGUAGAGCAAAUAGUACUGGCGAUCCUUUGCCUCCUCCCCUCCUUUUAUCACCCCUCACACAGAGCUUCCAGGCCACCCUUCUACAGAAGACAUUACUCAACAUGUCUGCCAAAGACGCUUCGACACUUGAGCACGGUCCCUGCGCCAAUUCGAAGGAAUGGGCUUCUCAGCUAGAGGCACUGAAGGGUCUUCCGGAGUCUUACUCUCUAUCGAAAACCUUGGUUUUCAAGCCCAAAACCCCGAAGACACAAACCGCAGUUCUAGUUGUAGUAGUAGCAUUAGAAGAUACUACAACGUCUUCUUCCGAGAUCCAGAAGACUUUGGAUGUCAAAGACACCCGUAUGGCCAACGAUGAUGCAGUGAAUGCCGCACUUGGAGUUAAGCCUGCCGAUGUGUCUCCCCUGACAAUCACCAAGGAUAAUUCUUCAGCCGUACAAGUUCUCCUUGACCAGCGUCUCGUUGAUGCUCCCAAAGUUGCUAUCCAUCCUUCCGGAUCGAAUACUACUUCCUUUGUCUCCGGUGCUGAUGUUAAGCGCCAUCUCGAAGAAACUGGCGUGAAACUUACUAUAUGCACCUUUAACACAGUCGCCAUCGAACGCCGAAACGAGGAAAAGCCGAAAGUAGGCCUCCAAAAGGUCCCCAUCAAAUCGACCAAGGCUGCCGAUGCUAGAAUUCCAGAUGCGGAACUUAUUGGGAUCACAACUCAGAAGGAAAUCGACUUCUCUAAUUGGUACCAGCAAGUGCUUACCAAGGGUGAUAUGUUAGAAUACUACGACAUUUCUGGAUGCUAUAUUCUGAAGGCUCCCAUGGUCGUACGGUAUCUGGGAGAAAGUCCAAGACUGAUAACUGCUAUUUUCCCAUGUUCGUCUCUGCGAAAGUCCUCGAGCGUGAGAAGGACCAUAUUGAAGGCUUCGCUCCUGAAGUUGCUUGGGUCACCAGAGCUGGCCAGAAUGAGCUUGAAGAGCACAUCGCCAUCCGCCCAACCUCUGAGACUGUCAUGUACCCCUACUACGCAAAAUGGAUCCGCAGUCACCGUGAUCUCCCCCUCAAGCUAAACCAGUGGAACUCCGUUGUCCGCUGGGAGUUCAAGCACCCUCAACCUUUCCUCCGCACCCGCGAGUUCCUGUGGCAAGAGGGCCACACAGCACAUCUCUCCCAGAAAAAUGCU